AUGUCAUUCCGUAGCAUCGUGCGUGAUGUAAGGGAUGGCUUCGGGAGCUUGUCUAGGAGGGGAUUCGAGGUCAGGUUUCUGAGUCAUCGCAGAGGGAAAUCUCAUGGUGCUGUCCAUGAGCUGCACGACCCAGUGCCUGUGGUACAGAGCAGCUGCUGGGCUAGCUUGCCUCCUGAAUUACUUCGAGAUGUGAUUGAGAGGCUGGAGACCAGUGAGGAUACAUGGCCUUCUAGGAAGCAUCCUGGGCCUCGAGAUGGAACUAUUCAGUGUUUCAUUAAGAGCGAUAAAUCUACCCAAAUCUACAGUCUGUACCUUAGCUUUAGCUCUGCUGUCCCUGCCGAAAAUGGCAAAUUCCUUCUGUCAGCCAAAAGGAACUGCCGUCCAACAUAUACAGAAUAUACAAUAUCAAUAAAUUCUGGUGAUAUAUCUAGGUCUGCCAGUAACAACACAUACAUUGGGAAAUUAAGGUCAAAUUUCCUUGGCACAAAAUUUGUAAUAUACGAUACUCAGCCACCAUACAAUGCAACUAGUCCUGCAGUGGCAGGGAAAACAAGCCAGAGAUUCUACUCCAAGCAGGGGUCAACCAAGGUUUCUUCCAGCCGGUACAGCAUAGCGCAAGUCUCAUAUGAACUGAAUGUCUUGGGAACUCGAGGUCCAAGGCGGAUGAACUGUGUAAUGCACUCCAUCCCAGCUUCAUGCCUUGAGGCUGGUGGCAGUGUCCCUUGCCAGCCAGAUAGCAUCGGUGCCCGCACUGUCGGUGGAUCCUUCAGCAGCGUCUCCUUGUCAAAGCCAUCUACUAUGGACCACUCCAUGCAUUUCAGCAGUUCCCGGUUCUCCGACGCCGUAACAGGGGACGGCAUUGUUAGCAGAGGCCAGGCAUUGAGUGACGCUGACAACGAAGAGUGCAGGGACACACCUUUGGUCCUCCGCAACAAGGCCCCGAGAUGGCACGAGCAGCUGCAGUGCUGGUGCCUCAACUUCCGGGGCCGGGUGACUGUCGCCUCGGUCAAGAACUUCCAGCUAGUCGCUGUGACGACACAGCCUGCUGCCGCUGGAGCCCCGACCCCACCGCAGGCAGCCUCGCCGCCAGGUCCAGCUCCAGGUCCACCUCCGCCGGACCAGGAGAAGGUCUUACUGCAGUUCGGGAAGGUCGGCAAGGACAUCUUCACCAUGGACUACUGCUACCCGCUGUCCGCCUUCCAGGCCUUCGCCAUCUGCCUGAGCAGCUUCGACACCAAGCUGGCCUGCGAAUAA